CCGUCAGAAAUCUAAACCCGUGACUAUCAUGAGACUUAAGACCAGAAAAAAAAAUAAGUAAAAAAGAUUAAGAGCCAGAGAAGCGGUCUUCACACACGGCCAGCCAGCGGACGGAGGACUCUCAUUAAGGAAGGUGUCCUGUGCCCUGAACCUACAAGAUGCCAAGAGAAGACACUCACUUCAUCUAUGAUUACCCCAGGAAGGGGCACGGCCACUCUUACAUCACAGCUGAAGAGGCCGCUGGGAUUGGCGUCCUGACAGUGAUCCUGGGAAUUAUACUGCUCGUCGGCUGUUGGUAUUGCAGAAGACGAAAUGGAUACAGAGCCUUGAUGGACAAAAGUCUUCAUGCUGGCACUCAAAACACCUUAACAAGAAGAUGCCCUCAAGAAGGGUAUGAUCAUCAGGACAGCAAACUGUCUUUUCAAGAGAAAAAUUGUGAACCUGUGGUUCCCAAUGCACCGCCUGCUUAUGAGAAACUCUCUGCAGAACAGUCACCACCACCUUAUUCACCUUAAGAGCCAGCAAGACACCUAAGAUGUGCUGAAAUUAUUUCCCUCACAUUUUUGCUUGAAUUUAAUAUAGACAUCUAAUGUUCUCCUUUGGAAUGCUACAGGAAAAAUGCAUAUCAUCUCUAAUAAUAAGUCAGUGUUAAAUUUUUAGUAAGUCAGCUAGCAGUACUAAUCAAGUGAGGAAAUGAUGAGAAACAUUCAAUUAGGAAAACUUCAUCAAUAAAUAUUGCAAUGCAUGAUACUA